ACAGAUAUCAAGACCUUCAUAAAGAGAGGAUCAAUUGAAGGGGUUUACUUUGGUUUAGUUUUAUUUAGGUGUUCGCAUUAAACGGCUUACUUUGUGCAUCCGUGUGUACACCAAACACAAAAUGUGAAAUGAGAAACCGUGACAGCUAGAGGUGAUCAGGUCAGUGUAUAUAUAAACCAUGUGGCCAAAUCAAGGUCCUCCUCCUCCAGUCGGCCCACCAAAUCCUGCCUUUGCUCCUGGCUACAAUCCUGCUUAUCCUGCUGCACCUCCUCCAGGAGCAUUCCCUCAGCCUCCACCUCCAUACGCUGCUGGCCAGUUCCCAGCUCCUAUGAAUCCAGCCAUGGGACCACACUAUGCACCAGGAGCGAUGCCUUAUGGAGCUCCUGGACUUCACCCAUAUCCUAUGGCUCCAGGUGGAUAUCCAGUUGUUCCUCCUGCAGGUGUUCACCCAGGUCCAUAUCCACACUCCCCAAAAGGCGGCAAACACAAAGGUUAUCAUCAUGGAGGGCUAAAUCCCAUGUCUGGAGCCUUAGCCGGGGGAGUUGCAGGAAUGGGAAUGGGGCUAGUUGGGCACAAAGCAAACAAAAAGAUGCACAAGAAGAUGAAAAAGGCGCACAAACAUAAGCACUACAAACAUGGCAAGUCCUCCAGCAGCAGCAGCAGCAGCGACUCAGACUGAGGCGACUGGUUUGAAGCAUGGCUUUCGCAAAAAAGCUGUGUAACAACAGCACAGCGCAACUAUUAACUACUAACAGUUAACUGUCAAUGCAUUAAAGCAGUUCUUAUAGCCUUUUGCAGAUUUUU